UGCCCUGGUCCAGGUAACUGAUGAUAGGGUUGAACCAGGAUAGUGGCCGUGGGCAUGGUAAGAAGCAGCCAGAUCCUGGCUAUAUUUUAAGGUGAAGCCCACAGGAUUUGGUGACAGAGAGUGGGCAUGAGAGAACGGGAUGAAUCAAGGAUGACAUCGGGGCUUUUGACUCAAACAAGGAGGACGGAGGUGUCCUCAGCAAAGACUCACUGCAUCCCACAACGCUUGGUGGUAGAGUUUACUAUUGCUGCUAAUUUCCAUAUGGGGAAACCAAAGCUCAGAGAAGUAAGGCAGGUGCCCCAAGAUCACACAGCAAGAAGUGUCCUGAAUGGGAUUCAAACCCAGGUCCUUCGGACUCCACACCUAUGCCUGUCUUACGUUAGGGACCGGCUGGUCUCAUCUCCCGAAGUCCCAGAGCCUCCCCACCCUCCCUCGCUUCCGUCUCCCAUGGCCAGGAUAGUGAAACGCGGUGUCUGCUGUAAUGAAUGACCACAAACUUGGUGGCUUCAAACCAUAUAUUACUCUGGAGGUCAGAAGCCUGACGUGGAUCUCACUGGGCUAACAGUCAAGCUGUCAGCGAGGCUGGCUUCUUCUGGAGGCUUCCUGCCCCUUUCCAGAUUGUAAAGGCCACCUGCAGGCCAUGGGGUGCAGCCCCUUCCUUCCUCUUCAAAGUUGACAAGGGCUGGCUGAGUCUUUAAUACCCACUAUUCUGCUUCCCUCUUCCCUGUUUAAGGAGUUGUGACAUUAGAGUGGCCCAGUAGUGGUUAAUCCUCAAUAAUCUCUAGUUAGCAACCUCAAUUCCAUCGGUAAAUUUUAAUUUCUCCUUUGCCAUGUAACAUAAUACAUUCAUAGGUCUAGGGGGAUUAGUAAGUGGGCCCUUUCGGGGACAGAUCCUCUCCCUGCCACCAUAUCCAGUGAGGUCACAAUAGCUUCUGUGACUUCACCAUCCCUUGGAACCAGAGUCACAAAGUGACCCUUCCAUGUGGUUGGUGGGUGGGCAGACUUCUCACCAGGGAUUUGAACCUGGGUGUCAUGACCAUGGGGUCUCAACCUGAGGAAGCUCAGAAGCCUUACUCAAGGUUCCAGACCUUGUUUAAGAGGGUCAAGGCCUUACUCACCAAAGCCCCACCCUCAACGCCACUGCCACCACUUUCCCGGAACCUGGGCUGUACGCAUGGGCAUGGGUACGAGCUCGGGCAUGUGCUUGCAAACAACCUGCAGCAUCUUCCGUCUCAGCAGCAGGUCCUGGACACAGGAGAGCAGCUGAUGGUCCCUGUGGAAGUGCUGGAAGCGGACAGCGGGUGUGCCCUGUGGAAGCUUCUGCUGUCAGGAGCCGUGGCCGGAGCUGUGUCUCGCACCAGCACAGCCCCUCUAGACCGUGUCAAGGUGCACAUGCAGGUCUACUCAUCCAAGACUAACUUCACGAACCUGCUGGGGGGCCUACGGAGCAUGGUCCAGGAGGGGGGCUUCUGCUCCCUAUGGCGAGGCAAUGGCAUCAAUGUGCUCAAGAUUGCCCCUGAGUAUGCCAUCAAGUUCUCUGUCUUUGAACAGUGUAAGAAUCACUUCUGCGAAACGCAUGGCUCCUCGGCCCCUCAGGAACGUCUCCUCGCAGGGUCCCUGGCUGUGGCCACCUCCCAGACGCUCAUCAACCCCAUGGAGGUGCUGAAGACGAGGCUGACCCUGCGCCACACAGGCCAGUACAAGGGGCUGCUGGACUGCACGCAGCAGAUCCUGCAGCGGGAAGGACCCCGUGCCCUUUAUCGCGGCUACCUGCCCAACAUGCUUGGAAUCAUUCCCUAUGCCUACACCGACCUGGCCGUCUACGAGAUGCUCAGAUGCUUCUGGCUGAAGUCAGGCAGGGACAUGGAGGACCCUAGUAGCCUGGUCAGUCUGUCUUCUGUGACGCUGUCCACGACCUGUGGCCAAAUGGCCAGUUACCCGCUGACUCUAGUGCGCACCAGGAUGCAGGCCCAAGACACCGUGGAGGGCUCGAACCCCACCAUGCAAGGAGUCUUCCGGCGGAUCCUGGCCCAGCAGGGCUGGCUGGGACUGUACCGAGGCAUGACCCCCAUGUUACUGAAGGUGUUGCCAGCAGGCGGCCUCAGCUACGUGGUGUAUGAAGCCAUGAAGAAGACGCUGGGUGUAUAG